AUGGAGGCAACCUCUUCCGCCGAGGCGGCCUUCCAGCGGGAGUGGGCUACCCUAGAGAGUGAACGCCAGCGCCUUUCCCACUGGCACACCCGCCUGGAAGCGCACACGAAGGCUGAAGCCUCCCAGGCUGCAGAAACUCGGUCCAAGCUCAAGGCCGACCAGGAGGCUUACAGAGCCAACCUUCGGAAGGUGUUCGACCGGGAGCUUGCAGUCUCGAGCCGGGAGAAAACCCUGGCACAGUGGGAAGAGACUUUUGCCCUGGAGGUUGUCAGCUUCGCAGCUCAGCGGUCCAAUCUUGAGACUCGCCUCAUGGCCCAGCGGUCCGAGCUUGAGGCCCGCAGCCAGGGUCUCGAGACCUGCAAGCAGGAGCUGGACGAGCUCUUUGGGACCCUGGCUGGAUGGCGGAAGCAGCUGGAGGAGAAGGCCAGCCAGCUGGCUGUUGCCGAGUUGGAGCUGGAGGAGGACAGGAAGUCCCUUGAUAGGCGGGAAUCCUACGCCUCCAAUAUGGAGAAGCAACUUGAGAAACAGCGCGACUCCCUCAAGGGGCUGAAGGAGUCGGCGGAGAAGAGGAAUGCCGAGCUCGAGGAGAGGUCCCACGAGGUGGAGGCGACCAAGGCGGCUCUGGACACCCGGAAUCGAUCCGUGAUGUCUGGGUCAAAGCGAAUGCUCCGAUCCCCCUGGGAGAUAGACUCAGUUGUUUUGAUACUAUCUACCACCGAGAUUGGACCUCGAUCUGCAUGA